AUGCCAGUACCAUCCGGAUACUCAGCUGUUCCACAUGGAAACACGCCAUCAUGCUUCGAUAAGGUAAUUUUUCAAAAACUUUGUCAGGCCAUGCAAAUCAUAAAGGAGAUGAAACGCUACAACGAAGUAGAACUUGCACGGAAUGGAACUGUUACGAUUUGGAACUCGCAACUUUAAAACUGUGAGUUCCAAAUCGCAACAGUUCCAUUCCGUGCGAGUUCUACUUCAUUGUAGCGCUGAUGAUGAAAGUUUGUUGAUGAAGAGUCACUUACUUUUUUUUCUUUUGAAAUGAGCUGCUACACUUCUUGAUAGCAUCUUCUAUUACACCACUGAGACAGUACCUGUUUCGUUUGGCAUCGAGAAAACAGACGUUUUCCUUUGCCGUUUCCGCUGAAACAUUCGCUUUCCUUUUAAAUUCAAUUCACUGAAUUCAUACAUUUGCAGAUCAGAAUGGGACUGAUGAUGGGAGCGAUGAUCGGUGGCGCGACAGGAAUUCUUCUCGGCGGAUUCAUGAGCUUCCGAUCGGGGCUACGUGGCAAGGAGCUCCUACUGCAGACCGGCAAGACUGUCGCACAGUCCGGUGGAUCGUUCAGCGUCUUCAUGGGAGUGGCUCAAGGCCUCCGUUGUUAA